CUGAAACGCACGAUUAUUCCAGGCAGUUUAACUUUCUGUGUGGGCAGCCUGUGUACUGAGGCAAUGUCGUGCAUAACCAAACGAGGCGUUUCCAGCUGGACUGCCACUUCAUUGAUCACUUUGUGCAAGUUUUCACCUUGCACGAAAGGCACCCCAUGAAUUUGCAAAUUCAGCUGGCUGUUUGGAAAUUCCAUUUCGUUCACUUCUCACCGAAGCUGAGCCUGAACUGUCCGGCUGCCAUCUUCUCUUUUCUCUAGUUCCUGCACCUGAUUUCCAAGUACUUUCAUUUAAUUUCCUUGCACACGGAUUGUAUUUGUGAGUUCUUUAAAUAUGACAGACAUGUGCGUGACGCAGUUUUCCAUUGCUUCCACUCGAGCUAUGAAGGACGGUAGGCUUUCUAGCUUUACAUUAAUUGAUUCAAGGAAAGCUUUUAUUUCCAUGUUUGUCUUGUUUUCACCAGCGCAGCUAACACUUGGUACCUAGCACCGGCAAUUUCGGCAUCGCCAUAUUUUCUUUGCAGCUUCGGGCUUCCUUCUGUACGACUUCUCUGCCAUUCCCGCGCACUUUCCAAAAUGGUAUUCGUACGCGCCCUCGGAACAAGUAACAUGCCCUUCAUUUUGAUGAAAUGCCUGAUAACAAGUGGAGCAGACAUGAGACAUUCUUUUCGCCAAAGCAAAAAAAAAAAAAUCUACCACAAACCCAGCAAUACCGUAAGAUACACACGUCUUUGGCAGCGACUGCAGCGCAAGCACCCUUACACUACAGAGCAGGAGAACAAACUAACCUGCACAAUUGCAAUCGCAAGGUAAGCGAUGCUCGCUGGAUGCUGCCGCCGCUGCCAAAUGACCGCCUCUCGAGGCGCUAGGGGGGCGCUGCAAGCGUUCGUCAAGAGCGGACGUUCCAUGCAUGGGCUCCGUUGACAAUCUUCGAUUGCGGCGGAUUACAGUAUUGGAUCACCGUAUAUUUACCAUCCACGGGUUCCCUUCAACGCCUGGCAUCACCUGGUACCACCAGUGAACCUGUGAGUGCCAUAUUCUCGGCGGUAAAGACUGUCUGGCUUCUCAGCACCACGAGAAGAGCGCUAACCCUAACGGCCGAGUGGUUUGGGUGCAUCACCGCAGCGGAGACGCAGGUGCGCCCGCGGAUGCGCGGCAUGGCGUUCGCGCAACGCUGGGUCUAACGACGUUCGCCGGUGAGUGCUCCCGCUUCACUCAUGACUACCGCGACUACUGUGAAUUCCCUAAGAGGCUACGACCCGACGGAGAUGAACUUCAGUCAUGUACCAACAUCCCAGCAGCAGCUGAUGCCCCUGAAGCAGCCUGAACAGCGAUGGCGAGGAGCGUCGUCAUCAGUCUCCCACUCUCGUUCCACCUCUCGCGGCCGUUCGAGCUCGAGACGCCGGGCAACCGGCUCCAACCAGAACGCCAGUCACGUGGAGGCGGGUAAAGAACAAGGGAAGGAGAACCUCACGAAGACCACCGGGGCGCUGAAGAAGACGUCCUUGGGUCAGCUCUCAGAUUCGAAGGUUACGCUGACGCUCUUCUUCACCUGGCUGAUACUGGAAUCGCUAUCUGCCUCAUGCCCAUCAGCUCAGAUGCUACCAACGCCACUGCCUGACUGUGGCCCCUUCAACAAAUAUUUCAUCCCAGCCCAACCGAUGGAAUCGCUCGCCUUCGGCCGUUCAACCCCAUCGACGACUGCAUCAUCGCCCGCAAGGAAUUUAAGCUGUGGCCACUCCGUCCUCGGAUUCAGUGGGCACGGCAACAUUGCAAGAAGCAUGGCUUCUGAUUUUCGCAUUGCUCCGAUGCAGUUCCAGGUCUGUAGACGGGACGACAUGAAGGCGACGAUCCAUGUCACCAAUGAAAGUUUAGCGUCACAGCUGGUUAACAACUUCGGGGCCACAGGGCAUGCUGAGAGGCCCGUUCUGACAGGUGUGAAAAGUGGCCAGAUCAGCGUGACUAUGGAGCACAGGACAGCCUUGAGCCACACAGGACAUGAGGCACCUGUGACAAUUAUGAAGACUGUAUUUGUUGGAGUCAACAUUGUAUUGGUGCGAAAGCUGACGCACUACCUGAUCCACUGCCUUGUGUAGGGUGCAGAGAAAAUAAAGUUCAUUUUCAUUGCA